AGAUAGGCGAGGUUUGGCCAGAAAUCGUCUCACCACAAUUUUUUAUUUUUUUUAAAUUUCUCUGUGAUUCCGAAAAUGGAAGGAACCAGCGUAGUGGCGGUGUACGGAAACGGUGCGAUAACGGAGGCGAAGAAAUCUCCCUUCUCCGUGAAGGUGGGUCUGGCUCAGAUGCUCCGCGGCGGUGUAAUCAUGGAUGUCGUCAACGCUGACCAGGCUCGCAUCGCGGAAGAAGCCGGUGCUUGCGCCGUCAUGGCUUUGGAGCGUGUCCCCGCCGAUAUCCGCGCUCAGGGAGGCGUCGCUAGGAUGAGCGAUCCUCAGAUGAUUAAGGAGAUCAAGCAGGCCGUUACGAUUCCGGUGAUGGCGAAGGCUAGGAUUGGUCAUUUCGUGGAGGCGCAGAUCCUCGAAGCGAUCGGAAUCGAUUACAUCGACGAGAGCGAGGUUCUGACUCUCGCCGACGAAGAUCACCACAUCAAUAAGCAUAAUUUCCGGAUCCCUUUCGUCUGCGGUUGCCGGAACCUAGGGGAGGCUCUGAGGAGGAUCCGCGAAGGUGCGGCGAUGAUUAGGACUAAAGGUGAGGCUGGAACUGGUAACAUUGUGGAGGCAGUUAGGCACGUGAGGUCUGUUAUGGGUGACAUUAGGGUUUUAAGGAACAUGGAUGACGACGAGGUCUUCACUUUCGCUAAGAAGCUUGCUGCUCCUUACGCUCUCGUGAUGCAGACCAAACAGCUUGGCCGUCUUCCCGUCGUUCAGUUCGCCGCUGGUGGAGUCGCUACUCCGGCAGAUGCGGCGCUCAUGAUGCAGCUUGGAUGCGACGGUGUCUUCGUGGGAUCAGGUAUAUUCAAGAGCGGUGACCCAGCUCGUAGGGCGCGUGCGAUAGUGCAGGCAGUGACUCAUUACAGUGACCCGGAGAUGCUCGUGGAGGUGAGCUGUGGGCUUGGAGAAGCAAUGGUUGGGAUCAAUCUCAACGAUGACAAGGUUGAGAGGUUCGCUAAUCGCUCCGAGUGAAAGAAGAAAGAUAAUUUGAUAGUUUCUUGUAUCCUUCCACCUUCCUUUGUGCUUGUCUUUUCUUAGUAAUCGAUAUUCUUCCAUUUGCAGUAAUAAGAACACAAGUUGUCAGUUAUAAUAAUAAUAAUAAUGUACUACUACUAUUCUCUUAAUUCAUCUGUUGUUAUUUGGUUUUUGCCAUUGAGUGUAGAUGGAUGGAUGGUAUUAUAGGACUGUUAUUGAUUUAGAUUCACAUUUCUUAUGUCAAAUGCGCGGUCUCAGUCAUAGCGACGAGUUUACUUUGAGGGAAAUAUAAAAAAAG